UCCCGCCUUUUAAGUUUUCCACUGCUGAGCGGGCAGGAGAGGGACACGCUCGCCAGCGCAUGAGGGAAACCAUCCCGGGGACUUGUGCCAUUUCCACGCAAGGUUGUCUCCCCUGCCCUCUGCCCCCCUUGUUCCCUGGGAACAAGAAGGGGCUGGGCUUAGUCCUUGCGAGGUGGAGGAGAGGAAGACAGAAAAGCCCCUUUCUGAAGCGAAGAGGUUUUCUGUGGGAGGGAAGAGACGGGUCUGCUUCGCUUGGCUGUCGCUUUGUGGAGUUUUGCUUUCCUAGACUGCCCCGAGCAUGGACCCCCAGCCGCCCGCCCCCACCUCCCUCUACUACAUGAACCACACCUGGGGCUUGUCCUGGCUGGACUCCAAUGCCUCCAGGUCAGCUCCCGAGCGCCCCCAGGAGGAGGGGAGGGCCAGUUUCCUCUUCGAAAUAGGCAUCGAGAACUUCAUCACCUUGAUAGUCUUUGGCCUCAUCUUCACCCUGGGCGUGGUGGGCAACUCCUUGGUCAUCACCGUGCUGGCCAGGAGCAAGCCGGGCAAGUCCCGCAGCACCACCAACAUCUUUGUCCUCAACCUGAGCAUUGCUGACUUGGCCUAUUUGCUCUUCUGCAUCCCUUUCCAGUCCACAGUGUACAUGUCGCCCAGCUGGGUGCUGGGCACAUUCAUCUGCAAGUUCAUCCACUACUUCUUCACCGUCUCCAUGCUGGUCAGCAUUUUCACGCUCUCGGCAAUGUCUGUGGACCGCUAUGUGGCAAUUGUGCAUUCCCGGCGCUCCUCGUCCCUGCGAGUGUCCCGCAAUGCGCUACUUGGCGUUGGGGUCAUUUGGCUGCUCUCGAUUGCCAUGGCCUCACCUGUGGCUCACCACCAGCGUAUCGUUCACCAUGAAAUCAUCAACCAGACUUUCUGCUGGGAAGUAUGGCCUAAUCUUCAGCACAAGAAAGUCUACGUGAUCUGCACUUUUGUCUUUGGCUACCUGCUGCCACUGCUGCUCAUCUCCUUUUGCUAUGCGAAGGUUCUCAAUCACCUGCAUAAAAAACUGCGGAACAUAUCAAAGAAGUCAGAAGCAUCCAAAAAGAAGACAGCGCAAACAGUCCUGGUGGUCGUGGUGGUUUUUGGGAUAUCCUGGCUGCCGCAUCAUGUUGUACAUCUCUGGGCUGAAUUUGGAGAUUUCCCACUAACUCAAGCCUCGUUUCUCUUCAGAGUGGCAGCGCAUUGCCUGGCUUAUAGCAAUUCUUCUGUGAAUCCUAUUGUAUAUGCAUUCCUCUCUGAGAAUUUUAGGAAGGCCUAUAAGCAAGUGUUCAAAUGCCAGAUUGGUAGCAAAUCACCUCUGAAUGAAGGUAAAGAAAAUAAUAUUGACACACCACCAUCUACUAAUUCAACACAUGUGUGAACAACCCUAAUAAAUGUCUUUAUUUGCAAUGCCAGGUUUUCAUAUCAGUAGACCUGAUUCAAAUAAAAAGCACAAGUGCUCCAAAACUUUAUGCUGGCAAUUGGUAGCAAGCUUAAUGAAGUUCUGUUUGUAAUAACAGCUUCUAGAGAAAAAACUUUGAUGCGAUAAAAUCUGGGUUCAUAUGGAAAAGCACUCUAAUAUUCUUUUCCUGGAAUGCUUUUAAAAUGAAGAGCACCUUAGUUAUUUUAAAAUUAUACCAGAAAAGUAAAUCAGAAACCUGCUAUACAUUUAGAAGGGUGUUCAUUUAUACCUAUUGUAAUGUUUUGCUCCUAUACAAACAAAUGCAUUUUUUAA